GGACUGGGACGAUGUACCGCGGGUAUUUGCUCGCACUGCUUGUUAUUCCAACUCUGGGAAGCUUCGAUCCCCUCUCGAUCUUCGAGAACGCCCACUCGCCAGGGACCGUACGCUCAUUGAGAGCCAACGAAACUGUGCAUGCUGCUGGAAGCGACAUCGUCUUCAGCUGGAAAAAAUGCGCGUUCUGCGAUGGGUACGAAGCUCGUCUCUACUCGAAACACGUGUCUGGGACACGAGAGACAUCCUACCGGCUAAGAGCUUCGGUUACAGCCCUGGAUGUUCCGGAUUUCCUGCCGAGGACAGACUAUAGAUUCGUGGUCAAGCAGUUGCCCUCGAAUUCCCCGGGCUCAGAAGUGACGGGUCGCGCUUUCUCUGUCGAGACUCCGCCUCCGGUCGGAAAUCUCGAGGUCCGAGUUCUGACAAACUCGUCCAUUCGGGCCGAAUGGACAUCGGAGGAUGCCGAUGGAUUCUCAGUGCGUUUACUCGGGAACGGUACCACGGUGACAGAUAUCAGCAUUCCGUAUUUUCGUAAUCAUUCUAUCUUCGACGUAAGCGACCUCAAACCUGAAACGGAUUAUCUGGUUCUCGUGUCGGCCUUCUAUUCUUCGUCAAAGGGGGAGAUGAUGUCUACGGUGUCAUCUGCCUCGAUCAGAACGCUGCCCACUGAUCUACCAGCUCUCAGUUUGGAGUGGGAGUUCGAUACCGAACUCAAAAUCUCCUGGAAGAAUCCCGAGACCGUUCUCCCAUUCGUUCACAGUCUCACAUGCCAGAAGGACCACAGCGAGACCGUCUUCUAUGCGCGAUUUGCCGGGACUACCGAUUCAGUCGUCAUUCCGGGCCUUGGCAGUCUGAGACAUGUCGCUUGUACGUUGAUAACGUGGUUCUCUGAAGACGAUCAAGCUCAGACCCAAUCCAGGGUCGAGGCCUGGAAGCCCGUCCCGCCGUCGCGUGCGAAAUCAUCGAUGGAUACAUUUCGGUGCUACUACGACAGCUACGAGUAUGGGGCGAAAACAUCUGCAACUCAUAAUGUUGAAAGAGUGAACGGCUCAGAUAUACUGAAGGUGGCGUUUUCCGAGGAUCACGAAAGAAAUUUGCACUUCGACGAGUUGCAGUAUAAGCUAUGCGAGCAUGGCGAAAGUUGUGACCGGCAACGAUGGCGAAGUCUCCCGGGCUCAGAGAACCCUAAACUGCGCUUGAUACCGGGCGAGCAAGUGAAGGCGUGGACACCGUACACCUUACAAUACCGCUCUGUAUUUAUCUGCCGAAGGUCUCGCGACGAGUCUCGAAAGUAUACGACAACCCUCGUAUUGAAUAUUCCCUCUUUGAUCGGAGCCGUUGAUCCGGUCACGGAAAUGGCUUGGAGAAACUCUUGUACGUCGCCCAGUGCUCAAUGAGAAUUUGCGAUUUGCUCUUCAUUAAGAUACGUCACUCCGAAUCUCGAAUUAUUCCAGCUGUUUCCUGGGAGUAUGGUGGUCAUCCAGCUGCUCCAGACUACUUUCUCGUAACUCACUGCAACGAAG